AUGUCGGAAGAAAUCAUUGAUAUCGCCGCCUCGCUCAGCGAGCUUGAGGUCCAUUUCCCUCUCAAUCUCAACCAUCGAGGCCCAGGCAAGCCAAGGUGCGGCGUUUGCCUCUUCAGGCUGGAUGAAGAUGCAGCACCUUCAAAUCUCGAUGCGGAUGACGUCUCCGGUGAAGGUGACAACUCAAUUUCAUUUCUUCACUUUGGACGCCGAGCGCUUGAGAUCUCUGCUUAUCGAGGUUGCCAUAUUUGUGAAGCCAUUCUCAAGUAUAUCCUUGAUUAUGGGCGACCGAGAACCUGGAAUGAGAAAGUACUCUUUCGACAGGGCCCUGCCAUGUCUUUGGCUAUUUACGAAGAGGAUACCCAGGACUGCGAGGCCCAAGCCACUCGUGUCGGUCGGAGGUUUGACUUCCAGUUCGUUGCCUGGCCUGAGGUCCCCGAAGAUGGAAGAUUAUUAGGAAUAAGAAAGAGGAUGUGUGUUCAGGGCAACACGAAUGGCGAGGUGGCUCUCAACCAGGCGGCGACAUGGCUCGAAAGGCCCACCCGACUUCUCCAUCUCGACUCUAGCACGUCUCCUGCAACCGUUCGCUUAUUAGAGACAAUGACCUGGAAGGGGCAGAUCGAAUACGCGGCUCUGAGUCAUCGAUGGAGCUCUGAAACCGAGACAACAAGGUUGCUUCUAUCGAACUACCAGAGCAAGCUUAUGACGGAUGCUUCCGCCGAGGUGCUUCCACGACUUUUCCAGGAUGUGAUUGAAGUACCCUGCAGAUUGGGGAUCAGAUUUGUCUGGAUUGAUUGCAUGUGUAUCAUCCAGGACGAUAUUGACGACUGGAACCGAGAAGCUUCCUCUAUGGCGUCAAUUUAUAGGAACUCAAAGAUCACCAUUUCUGCAAGUCGAAGUUCAGGCUGCGAGGACACCCUCUUUGGUAUCGGAACGGCAGAAGCGUGCCGGUUAACAACGGUAGGCGAUACUCCGGUCUUUCUCCACGAGAAUUCCCUCAUCCCAUCGCAGAGAUAUGGCGUGAGACUGGGCAUUUCGAGUGGCCCUUACAUCGUCGAGGAUGGGUGCUACAAGAGGAGCUUCUCGCACCACGUACACUCUACUUCCUUCAAGAUGAAGUCAUGUGGCAGUGUAAUGAGGUUGCAGGCUGUCAAUGCGGAGCCUACCAUCGCGCGUUAUGAGUCUUCUCGCCGUAGUGGGAAGCGAGACGUUCGCACAAAUCGCUUGCACCUGCUCAAGCGCCCGCCAUAUAUCGAAACCGAGUUAAUGGAGGAGCAUUUAAACUGGUCCCUAUUCGAGAACUGGAUGAACGUUGUCAGUAUUUACUCACAUCGCCGACUGACCAAGGAGGGGGACAAACUGGAUGCUCUGGCCGGUAUCGCGAGGCAAUUUGGGACCGCUAACGGCUGGACAUAUUGGUGCGGGCUGUGGAAAGAGGAUCUUGCUCGCUCUUUAUUUUGGUGUCCUGGAGCCACUUACGUACCACAUGUAUCGUUGAAAGAGAGGCCCAGGACGACUCUUCCGAGCUGGUCGUGGGCAUCCAUUGCUUCCCCAGUCCAGAUUUCCUCUUUCGAUGCCCCGGCCGAUAAUAUAAUAUUCAAGGGCUGUGACAUCACCUACCGUAGGGUAACAGAUCCCUACCUUGGCGAUAUCGAGCGAGCAAUUCUUACCGUCGAAGGUGACACUUUUCCGGCUUCUCUGAUAGGCUUGGACAUUACACAGCCUUCAGAGAGCAUAGGAAAGUUGAAGAGCGUCAACAGUUUCAUGUAUAACACGGUGGGCGGUCCAUGGGCAAAGGUACUCAUUUUUGGUGAUUGCGUGGUCAACUUCAACCCGGAUUAUUUGACCCCCCACGAACGGAUGGCACGCAAGAUCCCAGUGCUAUGCUUGGUGACUAGGCCCUGCGAGGAUAUCAAGACUCCAUUGCAAUCGGAAAGUUACGCAAAUGGAUGGGACAAGUCGAUCUGUUGGCACUGCAUUGUAUUGCAGCCCGUGUACGAAACUGCUUCGCUCUAUGAAAGGUUAGGAACUAUCAGGCUCGGCAAUUAUCGAACACCAGAACACUGGAGAAAGGCUUGGAAUGUCUCUAGGAGGACACUGCAUAUAGCGUAG